CAAUAAAUUAAUAAUGCAUUGUUGAUGAGGAAAAUGGACCAUUUUAUAAAUAUGUUUAUAUCUGAAUUUCCUUCAACUUGUUGCAACUUCAUGUUCUUAAGCCUAGCUCCUCUAUAGAUUUCCUUUCCCCCACUCCCUUCUUAAACAGUGUAGAGAGAGAGAGAGAUGGAGCUUACCCAGCAUGGUUUCUUAGAGGAGCUACUACUGGCACCAAGAAGAGACAGUUGGAGCACCUACUCCUCCAACUCCUCUGGAUUGAAUGAGUUAUUUCCCAUUAAUGGAUGGAGCUUUGAUUCUUUUGAAGAGAACCCAGUUUUGGUUUCUUCAGUUAAUAAUCCUCCAUUUUCUGGGUUCUCCACACAAACCGAUCAACCACCAAGCUUUGAAGAAUGCCCAUUUUCUACUGACCAUCAUCAAGCCUCCUCAUACCCUUUUGUUGAUGGACUCUGUACGGUGCCAGAGAUUGAUUCAUCAUACACCAAGGACAAUGACCCUACUGCCCCCCCAUUUCCAUCACAAGAUCAAGAUUACCCUUCAAUGGUGGAAGAUGAGGAGUUUGGGGGGUUUCUUGGAAGUGAGAAUCAGAGAAGCUGUUUGGAGGAAAGCAAGAACAUUGCUACUUGCAAAGUUGAGAUGGAACAACAAGCCACAGAUCAUAUUCCUUCAGCUUUUAAUAUGGGGUUGUGUGGUGAGAAAAGAAGCAAGGCUAAGAAGUUAGAAGGGCAACCUUCAAAGAAUCUUAUGGCAGAGAGAAGAAGGAGGAAGCGCUUAAAUGACCGCCUUUCCAUGCUCAGAUCAAUAGUCCCCAAGAUAAGCAAGAUGGACAGAACAUCUAUACUUGGAGACACAAUAGAUUAUAUGAAAGAGCUUUUGGAAAGAAUCAAUAAGUUGCAAGAAGAAGGAAUUGAAGAGGGUACUAAUCAGAUCAACUUAAUGGACAUCUCCAAGGAGCUAAAGCCAAGUGAGGUAUUAGUCAGAAAUUCCCCCAAGUUUGAGGUGGAGAGGAGAGACAUGGAUACCCGGAUAGACAUCUGCUGUGCAGCCAAGCCAGGAUUGCUGCUGUCAACAGUGAAUACUAUAGAAGCACUGGGCCUUGAGAUUCAACAGUGUGUUAUAAGCUGCUUCAAUGAUUUUUCAAUGCAAGCUUCAUGUUCAGAGGGAGCUGAGCAGAGAACUUUGUUAAGUCCUGAGGACAUAAAGCAAGCAUUGUUCAGAAAUGCAGGGUAUGGAGGAAGAUGUUUGUAGGAACAAGAGGUGCAAAAUGAAAACGGCUGCUUACAAAUUACAAUUGAAGUCUGGAGAGAUGGUUUUUACAGGUCUCCAUGAGAUUUUCCAAGUGAGGAGCUGUAAUUAUAUUUGUCGUUUUAAAUAAAUGUCCAUUUAUCAGAUCCAUUGUAGAAGUCUAUUCUGUAUUAUCCACUGAAGUUGAGGUAUAUAUAUAUCUUCCAACAUAAGGGUCA